UUAAAUGAAAUUGUCAGUGAUUCAUGGAGUCGCGAAGCAGGUUCUGAUCAGUCUAAUAAUUAAGAAUCCCCGUUAAUUAUGCUCUAACGAGCGGUUGUCGAUACUUCUCCGAAGCGUUACGCGCGGACUCAAUUGGAAUACCUGCAGGGAACACUGUGAAGAGCGUAAAUCCUGUUCGCGUUAUCUGCCCGAGGAAAUUGUUAAAGUGUGGCCGCCAGCAAAAUGGCAGCGAGCGACUCCACGGCGGACGACAGCCUUUAUCCGAUCGCUGUUUUAAUCGACGAAUUGAAAAAUGAAGACGUGCAGCUUCGCUUGAACUCGAUUAAGAAGCUAUCAACGAUUGCUUUAGCAUUAGGCGUUGAACGUACUCGCAGUGAAUUGAUACCAUUUCUAACCGAAACAAUAUAUGACGAAGAUGAGGUUUUAUUGGCACUUGCGGAACAACUUGGUAAUUUCACACCUUUGGUCGGAGGUCCUCAAUACGUACACUGUCUCUUGUCUCCCUUGGAAUCAUUAGCAACGGUUGAGGAAACGGUAGUGAGAGAUAAAGCAGUCGAAUCCCUACGGAAUAUUGCUGCUCAACAUAGCCCAGCAGAUUUAGAACAAUAUUUUAUUCCACUGGUACAACGGCUUGCCUCUGGGGAUUGGUUUACGUCAAGAACAUCGGCAUGCGGAUUGUUUAAUGUUUGUUAUCCACGUGUUAACCCUGACUUAAAAGCGGAAUUAAGGGAUCACUUUCGUCAGCUAUGUACAGACGAUACACCGAUGGUCAGGCGUUCCGCAGCAACCAAGCUAGGAGAAUUUGCAAAAGUCGUAGAAACCGAAUAUCUGAAGUCAGACUUAAUCCCUGUAUUCGUAGUACUCGCCCAAGAUGAGCAAGAUUCCGUUCGACUACUAGCUGUCGAAGCAUGUGUCAGUAUUGCCUCGCUCCUACCACAAGAAGACGUGGAGCAAUUAGUUAUGCCGACGCUUCGUCUGUGCGCUGCAGACCAGUCAUGGAGGGUUCGCUACAUGGUUGCAGAUAGUUUCACAGAACUUCAGAAGGCGGUUGGGCCAGAGAUCACGAAGACCGAUUUGGUACCAGCAUUCCAAGUAUUAUUAAAGGAUUCCGAGGCUGAAGUGAGAGCAGCAGCGGCUGACAAGGUCCGUGACUUCUGUCAAAAUUUAGACCCAUUCAAUCAGGAAUCCAUUAUCAUGACGAACAUAUUGCCAUUCGUCAAAGAACUCGUUUCUGACCCUAAUCAACAUGUCAAAGCCGCCUUGGCCGGCGUUAUUAUGGGCCUUAGUCCAAUUCUUGGCAAGCACAAUACAAUUGAUUAUUUACUCCCGUUGUUCUUGUCGCAACUGAAAGACGAGUGUCCAGAAGUGCGGCUUAACAUUAUUAGUAAUUUGGAUUGCGUCAACGAGGUGAUCGGCAUUCAACAACUCUCGCAGUCACUUCUACCAGCGAUCGUUGAAUUGGCAGAAGACUCUAAAUGGCGUGUUCGACUCGCUAUAAUCGAAUAUAUGCCGCUGCUGGCCAGUCAAUUGGGAGUUGAGUUCUUCGAUGAGAAGUUGAACUCUUUAUGCAUGACCUGGUUGGUGGAUCACGUGUAUGCUAUCAGAGAAGCGGCCACUUUAAAUCUCAAGAAGCUCGUAGAAAAGUUUGGCGCGGAGUGGGCUCAGAACACAGUCAUCCCUAAAGUAUUGGCUAUGUCAAGGGAUCAGAAUUACCUUCACAGAAUGACAUGUCUAUUCUGCAUCAACGUGUUGGCUGAAGUCUGUGGUCCAGAAGUGACGACGAAAGUUAUGCUUCCUACCGUGUUGGCAAUGGCAUCUGACAAUGUGGCCAAUGUGCGGUUUAACGUCGCCAAGACUCUUCAACGUAUCGGACCAUACCUAGAGCCUAGCGCAGUCCAGACACAGGUGAAACCAGUACUCGACAAACUCAACACCGAUUCUGAUGUCGAUGUGAAAUACUUUGCCUCGGAAGCAAUUGCUGGCAUAGCAGCAUAGGUUGAGGACACCGAGAGCAUUUACUACGUACCCAACAAUAUUCACCGUCGACUAAAAAACCAGAAAAAAAUAAAUCCGUACCCGCUACAUUUCUUUUUUCCACUCGAUACACACGGCGAGAUAUAAUGAUUAAUGCACAGGCAGGUUCGGAGGCGGAAGAAUUGCAAUCCCAUGAAUAAAUUAGAAAAGUUGACGUUAAAGGAAACCGAUACAUACUAAGUUCUGUUGUAUUUGUAUAUCUAUAAUAUUAUACUAAUCAUUGAAUACCCGAUUUAAUUGGUAACAUGUAUCUCUCGCAUAUAUUUAAACAAUUGUCUUUAUCAGUAAUGAGUAAUAAAGAGAAUGACUCGGAAUCAUUCCCACGAUUUGGUAGACAAAGUAA